GGUACACGGCCAUUUUGGAUGUAAACGUAUUUAAGUUGUUCGUCACGAUCAAGACUGAGAGAGUGGUUUGUUGUUGUUUUUUGUUUGUUUGGAUAAUGGGUAAAGAUUACUGUGCCAUUAAAGGAUGUCACAAUACUACUGGCGUUAUAGGAAAGUUCGGCAAAGCUGUAAAACUACACCAUCUUCCUAAAAAACAGUCGCUGAGGAGUGCUUGGAUUCGGGCCAUAAGUAGAUCGAAUUACAAAGGGGGUCAUUAUACUUACGUCUGCUCUGACCAUUUUCCAGAUGGGGAUGGACGUACGUGGAAGCAUGAGGUCCCAACACUGUUUCUCCCUCAAAGGACAGAAAAAACACACAAACAACGAAGUACAAAGAACAGCACACUUGGCACAGAAAUGGAAACUGAACUUGAAGAUGUUGGUGCAGAAGCCGUAUCUGAAGACCUGGUGUUUAGCACGUGUACCUUACCAAUUGUAAUGGGUCACCAGUAUUCUGUUCAGUCGGAGGUUGGUGAGAAUGAGGUGAACUGUGAGGAAUCAUCUACUACGGCUUCUACACAGACAGAGACAACAAUGCGGGAUCAGUCCAUACAUGUUAUACGACCAGAAAUUUCCGUAGAAGACAUUCAGAACUCGGACGACAAAGUACAGUUUUAUACUGGUUUUCCAGAUUUCGAUACAUUUAAAGCACUUUUUGAAACAUUGUGUGAAUUUGGUAUGGAUGAUAUGGAGUAUGAUCAGCGUAUGAAACUGAGACUUGUAGAUCAAUUUCUGUUAGUUAUGAUGAGGCUACGUUUAGGUCUUCUUGUUAAAGAUCUUGCAUACAGAUUCAAGUUAUCUAGUUCAACAGUGUCUAGGAUAUUUUCUAGGUGGAUAAUCUUCAUGAAACAGUGUCUCUCUUCUACUGUGUUUUUACCAGAACUUAAACAUUUGCAACAGAGAAUUCCUACUUGUUUCAAAAAAAUUUCUGACACACGUAUUGUAUUAGAUUGCACAGAGGUAAUUAUCCAGACACCGUCAUCAUUGGAAAACAAGAGCCUGACUUAUUCAAACUACAAAUCUCGCAAUACCUUCAAAUCAUUGAUUGGGGUCUCAAUGACAGGAGCAGUUUGUUUAGUUUCAAAAUUGUGGGGCGGUUCGACAUCUGAUGUGUAUAUUACUAGACAUUGUGGUUUGCUAGAACAUAUAAAACCUGGAGAUGCAGUUAUGGCGGAUAAAGGAUUCAUUCACAUAAAAGCUGAUCUUGAGAAAAAAGGCGCAAAACUGUACUGUCCACCAUUUAAAACAAAAAACCAGUUCACAAAAGAAGAAGUUGAAAAUACCAGACGCAUCGCUUCAGCGAGAAUCCACGUGGAAAGAAAAAUGGAGCAAAUAAAAAACUUCAGAUUAUUACAAGGCGUUAUUCCACUAUCUCUUGCUCCUAUUGCAAAUGAAAUAUGUUUUGUAUGUGCAGCACUCACCAAUGUUUUGCCGCCACUUGUUAAUCAGUGAAUCAAUAUAUUGUAAUUACAAAUGUGUGUGGUAUCAUGCAUCACUAGGGUUACAAUCAUUUGCAUAGGAAUGCUUAGAUCUAAUAUUGUGCUCUUAUUAAGACCCAUAUUAGAACAUGCCUUCAUGUAUUAAACUAUUUCAACACUUGUUUUAUAUGUGAAAGAAAAAUGUCUGUAUGAAAUAAGAAAUUCAUAGCAUAGAAAAUAUUUGCAUAUUUGAGAUUCUGUUUGAAUUGAGCAGUUUUGUCAAGUAGUUAUUUAUUAUUUGGUUAAUUGUUUUAGAUGGAUUCAUUUGAUAUUUGUAAGUCUUUAUUGUAUUAUUAUAUUUCAUACAAUAUGCAUUGCUUCCUUUGCAUUCCAAUUAUUAUUCCGUAAAUAGUACAUUACAUUUGCUGUAUUGUGCGAUAUUUGAGAGAUCUGUAUUUCAAUCAGAUUGUCAUAUUAGUUUCACCAUGAUCUUCAAGAUUAUAAUAUCACUGUCAACAGUCAAUUAAAUAUUAUCAUAAAUGAUA